AUGGGUAAACGCUCAUACAAGGAAGCUUUCGAACAAGCGAUGAAAUCAGUCGAUUCUGAUGAAGAAGUAUUCGUCCCAACCUCAAAACAUAAGUUUCAGUAUCUCGAACCAGAAACUAUCGCCGCAGCUAGCGGUAAAACUAUCGAUGAUUUUAUCAAAGAUUGCCUCGAAUCAACGUCACCCAAACCUAGAGCAGGCAAACUGGUCCCAAUCUCAGAAGAAAUCAUUCACAAGGUGCUUGAUUUUACGCGCACUCUUGACAUUCACGUACUAGCGGCAAAGGUCAUGAAUUUACUCAAAAAUGCUCGAAAGUCACCAUUCCUCACCGUCAAUGAGAGAUUUGAGAUUCCUGAGAAUGAGAGGAUCGGACUCAUGUUGACCAAGUCGUCUGAUCAGAAAUACCUCUCGGAUUUCAUGCAAGCAACAGCGAAAGCUGCUCUCGCGCGAGGGGAGUAUGAGAAUUGGAAAAAAUGGUGUCGUGCGUGCGAUCCAAUUCGCUUCGAUAAAAUGUCGGCUUCCCAGCUUGAAUCGAAACGUAUGCUUGAGGCUGGAACUUACUAUCAAAAUGUUUCAGAUCGCGACAAGUCCGGCACAUUGUCAGACAAAAUUGUCACACGAUACGCCCACACAGGUCGUCGCUGGUUGAACUAUGGCAGGAUCUUAUGUGCAGGUUCAUCAAAGGCAGAAGGUGCAAUUUUGGCAUUGAUAGUCUGUGAAACUCCGAAAUUGAGCAGCCAGUUAGACUUGAUCCAGAAGCGGUUUAACGAGACGCAUAUGUUCGUAUUCGAUAAAUGGGUUGCGGAACGCGAACCGGAACUGACCGCAUUUUGCGUAUUUCUUGAGCCAUUUGCAAUCAGUUUACACGCAGGAAAGGUAGGCAGCAUGGUACGGGUAGAGAAGAAGUUUAAAGAGUUUUUGGCUGCCCUUCCAAAACGACGCUACAACUUCGCUCCCAUUCCCAAUGAAGAAUACGUCCCCGAUGAUGAAGAUGAAGACGGAUCAGAGCUUGAUGAAGAUGAAGACGGACCAGAGCAUGAUGAAGAUGGCGUUAAAGUUCCUUACGCACAAGUCAAAAUUCAACACGAUCAAGAGGACGGUGAACCUACUACAGGAAUCGCUGAUGCAGUUAUAGGUUUGAGUGUCAAUGCAUCUAACAUUGCACCUUCCGCUGAGUCAAUUUUACCUGCACCCAUUGGGGCAAAUUCUCCAUCCAACCGUGGAAUUAAUGGUCUGGACGAGACUGCAUCUGAUGCUGAGCCUUCCGCUAAGCAAAUCGCCGUUGCAAAUGGAGGUGGUAAUAUUAUUGUUAGUCAACCAACGCCAGAGCACGCUACCGAAUCAAACCAGCAGCAAACGGAGCUCAUUCAUGAACCAUUGACACAUGAUCCCAAUGAUCUAGUCUUGCAGACAAGUCUUCAAGCUGCACUCAAUUCGAUGGAUCGUAAUGCUGCUUCUGGAGAGGAACCGUGGGAUAAAUUCGUGGAAUAUCCGGAUACAUGA